GAGUGGUGCAGUGAUCAAUAAGGAUGGAAUUUUUAUCACAUCUCUCCCAGAUAAAAUUUCACGUUAGCGGCGUUGAACAUACAGUAUAUACAGAUGAUGUCACCCCAGAGACCACCCUUAACACUUAUCUUCGGCAAAAAGCCCAUCUUACAGGGACCAAAAGAAUGUGUUUAGAAGGCGGGUGUGGUACCUGUGUGGUUGCUGUAGAAGAAACGGUUAAAAAUAAAAGAAUAAUAUUUGCCGUUAACUCGUGCUUAGUGUCGAUAUUCUCUUGUCACGGAUGGAAAAUUCACACUGUCGAAGGAAUCGGUGGUCCCUUAACGAAGUACCACCCUAUUCAAAAGCUCCUAGCUGACAACAACGGGACACAAUGUGGGUUCUGCUCUCCCGGGAUGGUUAUGAAUAUGUACGCCUUAUACGCGGCAGGAUCUGUAACUCAGAGUCAAAUAGAAGAUUCUUUCGGGGGCAAUAUUUGCAGGUGUACUGGAUACAGGCCGAUUUUGAGUGCAUUUAAGAAAUUGGCAUCAGACGCAGAUGACAAAAUAAAUUUCGAAAAUGGGGAUAUUGAGGAUCUUAAAAUUUGCCAAAAGGGUAAUUGUUCUGAGGAUUGCAGCAUCAACUGCGACAAGAAAAAAACAAAUAUUUAUUUUGGAUUGAGGACAUCGAAAUGGAUGAAAGUUUAUUAUGUAAAGGAUCUGCUAGAAAUUCUCAGGACUUCAGGAAGUGCAACUUACAUGCUAGUUGCUGGAAACACUGCCAGAGGUGUUUACGGUCAAUCAGAGAUCCCAGAUAUUUAUAUUGACGUAACAAGUGUGGGUGAACUUACAAAUUAUUCAUUUAGCAAUAAUACUUUGAUCCUUGGAGGAAAUUUUACCCUUACACACGCCAUAGAAUUAUUCGCUAAAAUAUCAAAAGAAAACAAAAAUUUCUCUUAUUUAUCGGAUAUGGAAGAACACAUCAAUCUGAUAGCCAAUGUUCCAGUGAGGAAUAUAGGCACCAUUGCUGGAAACUUGAUGAUAAAAUACACCCACAACGAUUUUCCUUCCGAUAUUUUCCUAAUUAUGGAAACAUAUAACGCGGUUAUAGUAAUAGUUGAUACCGAAGAAAACGAAGUAAUGGUGAGUCCUCAGGAAUUUCUCAAGGAAGAUAUGAAUAAAAAAGUUAUUAAGCACAUUAUACUGACAGGUUACGAUAGCUCGUAUAGGUUUUUAUCAUACAAGAUAAUGGCGAGAGCGCAAAACACCCAUGCACUCGUGAAUGCUGGUUUUCUAUUUCAACUUCAAAACCAGAAUGUUGUAUCCGCCAGGAUCGUAUACGGAGCGAUAAAUCCUGAGUUUGUCCAUGCCACAAAAACGGAAAACUAUUUGAAAGGAAAACAUCUGUUCGAUAAUAACGUUUUGCAGGGAGCUUAUCAAAGUUUAGACGACGAACUUCAUCCAGAUUAUGUGCUGCCGGAUAGCAAGCCAGAAUUUCGGAAAUUAUUGGCCAUAUCUUUAUUUUACAAGUACGUGUUAAAUAUAGCUCCCGAUGGAGUAGUUGCGAGUAGGAUCAGAAGUGGUGGAACUCUUCUGCAAAGACCGAUUUCAUCAGGAAUACAAGAAUUUGGGACGAAUACAAAAAAUUAUCCCUUGGGGGAACCAAUCAUUAAAGUAGAGGCAUUAGCUCAAACUUCAGGAGAAGCUCAAUAUAUAGCAGAUAUUCCCGAUCUUCCAAAUCAAUUAUUCGCAGCAUUUGUGACAGCCAAGACAGUGGCUAAUUCUCAAAUUCUUACUAUUAACACUGCGAAAGCUAUGAAAAUAAAGGGGGUUGUGGCAUUUUUCGGGAAAGAUGACAUUCCUGGUGAGAAUACAUUUAGUCCAAAAACAGGCGAUUUUCCAGUACAAGAAGAACUAUUCUGCAGCGGUAGAGUUCAGUAUUAUGACCAACCAAUAGGUAUAAUAGUAGCUAAAGAUCACGAUGUAGCUGUAGAAGCAGCUGAAUUGGUUGAUGUGACGUAUUCGAAACCAAAACAAAAACCGUAUUUAACCGUUAAAGAUGUUCUCAAAGCAAAAGAUAAUAGUAGAAUUCAUCACCAAACAACAGUUGUUCCAAAAGGCAAAGGCACUGACGUUAAGCACGUUGUAAAAGGAAACUUCUUCAUAGGAAUGCAAUACCACUUUCAUAUGGAAGUACAAUGUUGCAAUGUCGUUCCCACUGAGGACAGUUUAGAUUUGUAUCCUUCAACGCAAUGGAUGGAUCUAGCACAAAUUGCUUGUUCAGCUGCUUUAAAUAUUCCCAUGAAUAGAAUCAAUGUCCAUGUUCGUCGGUUGGGAGGUGGUUUCGGUGCGAAAAUAAUGAGGAACACCAUAGUUUCCACUGCCGCGGCCCUGGCAGCUCACAAACUGAAGAAACCUGUGAAGAUGUGGAUGCCACUGAAGAAGAACAUGAACGUUGUGGGCAAGAGAUACCCCCUCUAUACCAACUACGAGGUUGGAGUGAACGAUCAAGGAGUCAUCCAGUAUCUGGAAGCAGAUUUGUACUCGGAUUUCGGAGUUGGUGGAAAUGAGCCGAUAGAUAGUCUGCUAAUAGAUUUGUUCGAGAAUUGUUAUGACACGAGUAGAUGGUCUUUUUCGACGUAUACAGUCACUACGGACACUCACGCUAACUGCUAUACUAGAGCACCUGGUACCCUAGAAGGUCUGGGUUGCAUAGACAGUAUAAUGGAGCACAUAGCCUACUCUAUAAAUAUGGAUGCAGCAGAUGUGAAACAAGCCAAUAUUGAUAAAAAUAAGUAUCCAAAAGUUGUGAAAUUCUGGCAAGAUAUGCAAACGUGGGGAGAUAUUGCUAAAAUGAAGAAUACCAUAAAAGCUUUUAAUGCGGCGAAUCGUUGGAAGAAAAGAGGCAUGUCAAUAGUGCCGAUGGCGUGGACUUUAGAGGUUGUUUAUAAUUACACCGUGUUGGUUUCCAUUUUUCACAGUGAUGGCAGCGUCGUUGUGUCCCACGGAGGGAUAGAAAUUGGACAAGGCAUCAAUACGAAGGUAAUUCAAGUAUGCGCCUACAAAUUUGGAAUACCGCUUUCGAAAGUCACUGUUAAGCCAAGCUACAACGUGAUAGCACCAAAUUGUUCGACCACUGGUGGGAGUGGAACAAGUGAGUCAGUAUGUUAUGCUCUUCUAAAAGCAUGCGACAUCCUCUUAGAGAGAAUGAAACCAAUCAGAACGAAGAUGGGUAAUCCGUCUUGGGAAGACUUAAUAAGACAAUGCUUCAAGUCCAACAUUCAGUUAACUUCAUCAGGAUUUUACUCUGAAGAUGAACCAGGUAUCCAAGAAUACCCAAUUUAUGGGGUUUGUGCUGCGGAAGUAGAAGUAGACAUUUUAACGGGCCAGAAUCAGAUUUUAAAGGUAGAUAUCAUUGAAGAUGUUGGAGAUAGUAUGAGUCCCCUUAUAGACAUCGGUCAAGUGGAAGGUGCAUUUGUAAUGGGAAUCGGGUAUUACACCACAGAGGAAAUUAUAUUUAAUGAUGAAGGAGAAAUUCUUACGAAUAGGACUUGGAAUUACAGACCUCCUGGAGCUAAGGACAUCCCUAUCAAUUUUAGGAUAAAAUUUCCAGAAAAUAACCCAAAUCCUGUGGGAGUACUUAGAUCAAAAGCGGUUGCUGAACCACCAGUUUGUAUUUCGUGCAGUAUUCCUCUGGCCAUCAGGAAUGCUCUAGCUUCAGCCAGACAGGAAGCUUCUCCAAAUCAACCAAAAUGGUAUCCCUUUGAUGGAACAAGCACUGUUGAAAAUACCUUAUCUAAUUCCUUAAAUACUUAUCAGCAAUAUGUGUUAUGAGGUUUGAUUUUUAAUAAAUUUGAAUUUUAAAAGGUGCA